AUGCAAUGUCUGCUCAUCAAUCUGAGAGAGAGUCCUGCCGACUUCGCUUUGGAAUCAUUUAUCAAUAAUCUGCAAUUAGACCUCUUUCGGUUGAUGAACGAAGAUGCAAAAAACCAAUACUUAGAAAAGUAUGAUGCUUUGGAUAUGUUCACAGCAGUUCAGGAAAUCAACCGUGAGUUGGCUUCAGUUAAAUUAGAAAAUCACUUCCUUACAGACUUUUUGGAGCGAAACGACCCGAACAUGUUAGUUGGUCUCGAGCCAAGAAGAAUCACGGGACACGUGACAACAGCGUCAAGUUCUGGAGGAAGUACUUAUUUAUCGAACGCAACACCACGACGUUCAAUUGGUUCUAGGCCUUCCGAAACUGUGUCCAUGUACAACACAAGUCAGUCAAACUACACAGCAGCUUCAAAAAAAGGUGGGCCGGGAGGCAUGCAUGGCGGACAAAUUGAAUACCGGCUCAAUUGUAAAUCCAAAUGUGAUAUGGCCGAGAAAGCGACAACCGAAGUUGAAAAACUUGUAAAAGAUACUGAGUCUAAAGCAAUGCAUGGAAUUAAGUUGCUAAAUGCUCGGUUAGAGGAGUUGAUAUUCAGAUAUAACGAAAACAAAGAAACACUAAAGAAUUUUCAACUACACUUUCUAAAGGAUGAGCGUGACCUUUUAUUUCUGAAGGCCGCUAGCGAAAAACAGAUAGAGCGAAAGUUCCAAAAAUUCAUUAGCAAUUGGCUCAGAAAUGCUCGUGCCCUGCUCAGUACACUGCGACUGCGCAACACAGCCUUACAUGAAAAUUGUCAACAACUGCGUAGCGAUCUCAUUACAAAGGCAGAUCUCAGUGUUGUACUGAGGGUAGUUGAUUUCGAACAAUUGAUGAUUGAGCGUAAUGAACUACUUAACGCAGUCGACGAAAAAAAUUCACAUAUGGCUGGACUGAAUAGCGUCACUGAAAAAGCAUCGCUGGCCAUGUCCGAAGAAAAACAAAUCAUGAUCAAUAUUGAGGAAGAAUCUAAAUCAAUUGCAAACAAUACAAUUGAUGUCAUUAAAAACGUUUCGCAACUUGAGAAGGGAGCCAAAUGUGUUGAAAAAGAGAAUAAGAAAGAAUUGAAAGUACUACAAUUAUUGAAGGAACAACUGGAACACUAUCAGGCACCUAGCGUAAAUCGGUAUGUUGAAAAAAAAGAUGAAUUACUGAUGUUGGAAAAGGAGGAAAAAAUGUUGUACAGAAAAAUCUACAUAUUAAAUAUGAAGCUAAACAACGUUUACAAUCGAUGUACGAAAAUUAACGGAAAGAACAUUGGUUUAUAG